AGAAGAGAUUUUUGUGGUGUGGUGGUAGGUGAAGUGAAGAGUGUGGAUGAGAGGAAUGAGGGUGCUUUGGUGCUGAAAUGGUUUUGACUAAGUGAGUUGUUAGGAUUUUAAUUUGUGGUUAUUACAUGAUAUUCAUAACUCAUCAAGACAUGAUUCAGUGCAAUAAUAGAUAUAGUGAAAAAAUAAAUAAUCAUAAUUUCAAUUCAUAUACUAUAACAAUAAUUGAGAUCUGAAUGACCAAUCAGUUAUGAGCCGAUUACUGGUAGCCUUUCGAAUAAUAUGGCUAAAAAAAAGAAACGUAGCGCCAAGACUGUCUCAAGCCAUUCUUCUGUACCAGAAUUUCGAUUUAAAACAUUAGAGUCUUAUAACAAAAAAUUAUCCAGCGCUCUGCAAGAUUAUUUAAAGAUCGACUCCAGUUAUAAUUUAAAAGGAAAAGAAUUAGUGGUGAUGGCUGAGAAUAUAAUGUUAACUGGGGAAGGAAAUGGAGUGAUAAUCAAUAAUGUCGAACGUCAAGAAGAGAUAUCAUCCCAACCCAAAUCAAACGCCACUAAAGAACUGUUGCCCAAUGAUAUACAACAAAUAGUUUUAGGUGAUUUGGAAUUAGUGACCGUAGGCCGCCAUGAAAAUGUCGGCACCGACGAUCAGCAUUCUUGGCAUGGCAAUUCUGAAGAAGAAAGCAUCAUCUGUGAUGCAAUGGAAGUGGACUCGGAGAGUCACAUUGAAGAGGAGGAGACAUCAUGUCGCCAGGAGGCGAAUCGAGUCGAGGCAUUCGAUGGCGUCGACCCUAGCAACGAUUCACUGUCAGAGGGCGAGCACACUUAUUCCAAUCAAGGGUCGGAUGCUCAGCGCACUGCUGAAUAUCUUCAAGUGGAAUCAGGAAUAAUUACAAUUUCCAGACAAAGUGAUUACGAGAGUAGUGAUGAAUCUAAUAGUGAAUCAGACAUUGUUGAUCAGUGCGCUGAUAGCAUCAGUGCUGUUCUAGGAUUUAGUGACAGAACAAUUUUUUCAGUGAAUAUAGCCAAAGAUAACUCUGAUGACGAGGCGUCUAUGGUUGAUGGUGAAGUUAGUGAAAUAAAACCAAACGUUGAAGUAAGCGCUGGAGUCGAAGAGAGUGAUAAUACUGAUAUUAAUGAUAAAGAUGAUUCGAAACCAAGUAAGUCGAUGGUAGUGAGUGAUGUAGAUGGUAGUGAUGAGGUGAGCUCAACUGUCAGGAUAUGUGCAUACUCUGAUAGUUUCAAACAGGAAUCAGAUAACUUAGAUCAUGAACCAGAGCCUGACAAAUUUGAACAAGAAUCAGAGCCAGAUAGUUUGAAAGUUGCAUCGGAUCCGAAUUUUUACGAGGAUGAAGAAAUUGUUUUUAAAGAUGAGCCUAAGCCAGAUCUGUUGGAGGAUUACUCUAAAUCAGGCGUGUUGGGAAAAGAACUGAAACUUGAUAGUUUGGAAAAUGAAGAAAAAUCAUAUGAAGAAUGUGACGACACUUAUGAUGGAACAUCUUAUUCACAAAGUCCCAUCGGAUUGAAAUAUGAACUUAAAUCUGAUUGUAUGGCAGAAGUGGAACAUUUUGACAAACCAACUUCACUUUCGCAAGAUGUUUCUUCAACACAUAUAGUCUGUAAAGAUGAACCCAAGCCUGAAAUAAUUGAGGACAGUAAACCUAAUGAAUUUAAAGCUGAUAGCAUGACAGAAGGGAAACAUUUUGACAAACCAUUUUCUCUUUCGCAAGAUGUUUCUUCAUCACAUAUGGUUUGUGAAGGUGAACCCAAGCCUGAAAUAAUUGAGGAGAAUAAACCUAAAAUAGUGACAAAAACAAAGUCCCCUGCACAAAAGUCAAAUUCAAGUGAAGUUACUAAAAAACCUCGUGUGAGAAAACAAUCUUUAGAUGGUAAGAAAAAAGUUGGACGGAGUUUAGAUAAAGGUCAAUCUUCGAAUGAAAGCAAAGAGAUUAGUUCUCCGUCGCCUGUAUCAGAGGAUAAGAAGUUAAAAGAUUCUGCAUCGAAACCUUUUCAGGAAAUGGAAAAUGUUUCUUUUGAUGCGAAAGCGAUAAUUGAAGAAGAAAAACAGUCGGAAUUCAGAAGCAGAAGUGGUAGUACAGACACAACCGGGUCAGAAAGCGGGUCGAGCUCUAGCUGUCGCCGAAGCAAUAGGAUUAAGAAGCCGGUGGACUCAAUGCCGAGUCCCUCGCCGAUGAGUCAGCCGUCGUCAGCGAUGCCAGAGCAGGGCUUCGAUGCUGACAAACCGGUGAAAGUGAAGUCGAGGUGGCGUCGCACCAGCGAACUCGAAAUGGUCACUCGCCAUCUCUCAUCCUCUUCCCCUUCCUCCUCCUCCUCUGCUCCUCCCUCCAGCGCCAUCAAACCGAUCGUCGACUCCUCCAUGUCAUCCACGGACAGCUCCACUCCCAAAGACGAGAGAAUCAAAGAUGAGAAAAUCGAAGAUAGAUUGAGCCAGUUCGUACAGCUGGCAACCAACGAAUAUCGCACUGCCAGGUCCAGAAGUAAAGAAGCAAGACGUAUGGUAUGUGACUGCACUUUAUCCAAAGAAGAAAUGACGAGAGGGGAAAAAGGCUGCGGCGAUGACUGCUUGAAUCGUCUAUUGAUGAUUGAAUGCGGAUCUCGCUGUGUAUUAGGAGACAAUUGCUUGAAUAAACGCUUCCAGAAUUUUGAGUAUGCAGACGUUGAAGUUAUUGCAACAGAACAGAAAGGUUUGGGAUUGCGUGCAGUGGAAGACAUUCCUGAAGAUACGUUUCUUCUUGAAUAUGUUGGUGAAGUUCUUGACCCAAAGGAAUUCAGGAAAAGAGCCAAAGAAUAUGCUAAAGACAAAAACAGACACUAUUAUUUUAUGGCUUUGAAAUAUGACGCCAUAAUUGAUGCAACGCAAAAAGGAAACAUAUCCAGAUUUAUUAAUCAUGGGUGUGAUCCUAAUGCGGAAACUCAAAAGUGGACUGUCAAUGGAGAGCUAAGAAUAGGAUUUUUCAGUACGCGAGCCAUCAAAAAAGGAGAAGAAAUAACAUUCGAUUAUCGGCUACAACGCUAUGGGAAAGAAGCUCAGCGCUGUUACUGCCAGAGUGCUUCUUGUCGAGGAUGGAUUGGAGAAGAACCGGAGAGAGAGGGAAGAUGGUCGGAGAGCAGUGGGCGCAAAGAAAGGAAGGAGAAGAAAAAGAAGAGGGAUCGUGAUCUUAUCAAUGAUAUUGAUCUUGUAGACGAGGUUGACAAGCUGCUUUCAUCUGGUUUGAAGAAUCGAGCUCAUACUUUGACUCUCUGCCGGGUGAUGAUUCGCAUCGAAGAGCCGGAGCUACGCAGUAAGCUACUGCGCCUCCUCCGCCAUGGCGACACAGCUUGCCAGCGCCUCUUCCUCGACUACCACGGACUCGGCCUCAUCUGGAGCUGGAUGAUGGAUUCCGACUUGACCUUGAACAAAGAGAUAUUGGAAACGCUGGCCAAGCUGCCGAUACCAAACAAAACAAUGCUACAAGAAAGCAAAGUUCUUGGUAUUGUUGAAAGGUGGGCUUCCCCGAAUGAAAGAAGCCAUCUUGAACUAUUAGUCAAACGCCGAAAAGAAAGAAGCCCUUCAGCAGAAGAAGACAGUGAAACUUUGGAUACUGACGAUGGCGAUAAACUAGCCGAAGAACAAACGAAGAAAGAGGAGUCGAAGGAUUCAGAGGCGAAGUGUGAGCCGAUCAAGCCGAGUGAUGAAGACUCGAAAACGGACACAGAAACCACCAACGCCGAAGCUCCAAAAGCAGUCAUAGACCUCGACGCCACUGACUUGGAAAAUAUGACCAAGUUUUCGCAUCUUGCCGCUGGAUUGCUGGAGGACUGGAAAACGCUCAAAGAAGUGUACAAAAUACCGAAGAAGGAACGCAUUGAACAAAUGAAGGAGCACGAGCGUGAGGCUGAUUUGGGUUAUAGAGAGCGGAGAGAUGAUAGGAGAGAUCGUGACAGAGACAGGCAUUAUACAAGCAGAUGGGACAAAUCUUCAAGUGAUUAUGACAGACGAGACAGAGAUCGUGAUCGAGACCGUGACAGAGACAGAGACAGACAUAGAGACCGGGAUCGAGAUAGAGAUAGGGACAGGGACCGGGAUAGAGACAGAGACAGGGAUAGAGAUCGUAAGAGAGGCCGUGAAUCACCAGAUUCGGAUCGCAAUGCUAAGGGAGGACGCGGUGAUGACAGGAAUCCUUCGGCGCCUAAAAUGUCGAAGAGCGAGAGACGACAAUUGUUCAUGCAGAAAGUGGAGGAAGAAGAACGUCAAAAGAAAGAGCAGGAGGAGAUGUGGCAACAGCACCAGGAACAGUGCUUGGCACUGGGCGUGGAUCCCAGUCAGACGGCCGCAUUCGACCCGCAGACUGGCUUCCCCUGCUACUUCGAUCCCCAGACACAGUCCUGGCAACCCUAUCCUGCUGACGGCAGCGUACCGCCUGAUGUGAACAAUAUGAACAAUCCGAAUGCGGCACUUGGGUACGACGUGCCUCCGCAGUACCCGGGCCCGUAUGCGCCGCAAGGUCCACCAGGCCCUAUGCACCACCCGAUGCCCUACGAGGGAGCCCCUCCCCAGUUCCAAGGCCCGCCCGGCCAGUUCAUGGCGCCAGCGCCCUAUCAGAUGCCGCCGCUCGGCUACCCGGCGCAAGGCUACCAGGUGCCACCAGGCGGCCAGUACCCGCCACAGGCCGAGUUUGCGCCGCCACCCUACCAGGCGCCGUUUGCACCCACUCAGCCGCAACCCGGCUACCCGCCCCAACCCUACCCGGCGGGCCAGAUGCUGCCUCCCCCCGUCACCACCGACCUGCAGCCCGAAGCCGCCCCCAUUCCUCCCCCGCCCCCGGCGCCCACUCCCGUCAAGCUGCCGCCCAAGUGGAAGAGUGCCAAGGACGCCGAGGGUCGCACCUACUACUACCACGUGAAGACGAGGGUGUCGCAGUGGCAGCCGCCCCAAUGGGACCCCCAGCAGCAGCAACAACAGCUCAAGGCCACGGCUGACUCUGAGGACGAGUCCUCCGACAGCUCUGAUUCCGACGAUGACGAUUCUUCUGAUGAUGACGAUGAUGAUGAGGAGGACGACGAUGCAGAAAAGAAUGAAGAAGAACAAGACGAGGAGGAAAUGGAUUACGUUGAAGACAAUGAGAUAAGGGAAAGAGAUGCCGAACUCGAGAGUUCAUUCACCGACCAGUUUCUGUUCGAUGAGGCUAAAAAGCGAAGGGACGUUCUGGUCCAGGAACGAAUCAUCAGUCCGAGAACUGAUGCGGAAAAAUCGUCUUACGACAAGAAGCGCUACCGCAAAGUGAAGGAGAAGCUACGCCGACAGAAGGCCAAACUGAAGGAGAAGAUGCGGAAGGAGGGAGGCGGCAAGCACGGGGCACGGCGGGGGCGGCACGGGAGUGGGGGCAGCGGGGGUGGGAGUGGCAAGUCCAAGAGUGCCAGCAAGUGUGAGGCGGACACGUCGAGCGACCCCACGCGCAAGAUCAAGGACAACUUCCGACUCAACAUGGCCGGUGUCAUCGUGCACUACCUCAAUCCCUACCGGAAGCCAGACUGCAAGCUGGGUCGAAUCACCUGCAACGAAGACUUCAAGCAUCUCGCUAGAAAGUUGACACAUUUUGUGAUGCUGAAAGAACUGAAACACUGCCAAAACAUCGACGAACUUCAUUGCAAUGAUAAUGUGAAACAUAAAGCGAGAGACUUCAUAAAAAAAUACAUGGCGAAAUAUGGUGAAACUUAUCAGAGACCGACCGACGAAGAUUAACCUCUUGUGAGAGUGCGUGUGUAAACAAAUAACAUCGACUGAUAGAAAAUGAUAUUUUAUUCUAUUGUUCAAUUGUAGAUGGUCAUAGUGUUUUUAUACCAGGGUAAUUCUUUAUUGAUAAACACUUGAAAGUGGGAAAGUGCUGACUGCAAACAUUUUAGAGGUUGUUCCUACUUCAUAAUCAAUGAAAGUAUUAGGGAGUUAUUUCUAAUAAUAAAUAAUUAUUAUUUUUGGUCUUUUACUGUUAUUUAAGGGGUAAUUAAUGUUCAUGACUUGAAAUAUGUUGUAAUAUUAGAAAUAUUUCAAUGACUAUUAGGAGCUUUUGAUUAUUUUUUUCAUCUGCGUCACACAUGUAACUGUAAUCAUCCAAAUGAUAACAAUGCUACACAUAGGUUUAAUUACAGUGAAGAUGGAAUUUUUUAUACUGUUUCCAUGAUUAUGCUAGAAUAUUCAUAGUCAUCAAUUGUUCGAAAAAGUAUUAAAAUCUAAAAUAUUAUUAUAAUAUAUAAUAAUAUUCACAGUAAAUAAUACAUACUUCUGUAGACUAUUUAUCAAGAAGUUGAAAAUCCUCUACGAUUCUUCUAAUAUUCUAUGAAUAUGCAUCGAUGAUUCAAAGUGACACCUGGGUGUCAAUUCACCAAUAUAGUGUUAUUUCAAUCAAAUAACGAUUUUAGAUUAAAAAUAUUACAUUGCCAAAUUUAGUUGAAAUUCUGUUGAUUGGUUUGAUUUAAUCGUAAUAACAAGUUUUUUAUUCAAAAUAUUAGGACUUUUAAAAUAACUUGAUAACGCUAGUAAGUGUUAAAAUUAAAAAUCUUGUUAUAUUUAGAAUUUAGAUGACUUUUCCAUCACCAAAUAACGAACUAUUAAUAAAUUAUUAAAUUUCACUGUCAUUUUUUCACAGCUCUGAUUUACUUUAUUGAUUCGUGAAUUCUAUUUCUAUGUAUUUUUUUCAGUCUGUAAAAUAUAUUAUCACACUUCGUAUUCUUGCUAUUGAUGCUAAUAAUCAUGCUAUACAUCCGUUGUUGGUUAUCCAUCUUGUUUUCACUGAAAUUAUUACUAUUGUAUUCUCAUAUAACUUUAAAUUGAAAAAAACACUCACAUUCUUUGGUGUGGUGACGACCGUUUCGUGCUUGUGUUGCACAUUCUCAAGCCAAACAGAAAAUUGAAAAUGUGCAACACCAGCACGAGACGGUCGUCGCCACACCAAAGAAUGUGUUUUUUCACUUCAAAGUUAUAAGAAUACAAUAGUAAUACUUUGAAUUUUGAAAAUAUGAAUAUAUUGUUUUGUUUUUUACCAUUAGGAAUGACAAUAUUUCAGUGCUUUAUUGGUUUUACGUAGUAUAAAUUAUCAUUAAAAUUGUUACUUUUAACUGUAUUUGAUUCACGAUUCAUUUUUUUCAAACGUCUCACUUUGUUUUUAAUAUUAUUUUCCUUGAAUAGUUUAUAAAUUAAGUUUAUAAAAACAUACCCAUUGUUGGAGCUAUUCUCCAGUUGUAUAAUUUAAUGUGCGAAUAUUCGUAUUAGUGGUUUAACUGUAGAAUUACUACAAAACUUGGUUCAAAUUUGAAAAUAUCAUUCAAAAAUCUUCAGUUCGAUUGUUCUUUGUGGUAUGUGAUAAUGCCAUUUUGAUUUGAUGAGAUCAAUAAAAUUGUUAUACUGUAAUACAUUUUUGGAAUGAGAAGCAAUUUAUUUUUGACUGCUAUUUUGUUUGCUCAAAGAUCAAUAAUUUCAGAAUUCGAGUAAUUCAACCAGGCAGUUUCUGCCGUAACGCAACUUGUUCUGUUGUAAUGCUACAACGCUUGAUUUUGAUUUUCCCGAAAUAUAGUCACGCAGAGAGUUGUAGAAACACGUGAUUUUUUAUAAACAAUUAUUUGAGGUACGUUGUUCUGAGAUAAAGAUAAGCAAUACAUUGUACAAUCUGUGUGAAGAUAGGUAGCACAUACAAAAAAUUAAAACAAUUUAUUAUUGAGUGAAUAAACGUUUUAUUUAAUAGAAUUUCAAUGAAUUUACAUAAUUUUACUUCAAAAUUUCUAUUGCAAGCACCUUUACUAUAUAUAUAACAAAGUUUGGGUAAUACCUUUGAAACGCCAUACUAUUGAAAACAAACAAAAAAUCAAUUUAUUUACUGUGCAAUAUCAUGGCUAAAUAAUAUAAAUGAAGUGAAAAUAUGAUGUGAUGUAGAAUAUUUAGAUAAUGGAUUGCCUAGAAAACAAUCUUUAAUGAUUAUCGAGAUCAAAUCUGAUCUGUAAAUAUUUUUGAAGGUUAGUGUUGAGAAACACUCUUCCUUCUAAAUUAAAUCGUUUAUUGAAUUGAAUUUUUUUUCUCCUUUUCGAUUUGAAUAGCAACUCAAAGGUAAAAAAUUAAAUUCUUAAUAAUUUAGGCUAAUAAAUCAUAACAUUCUUAAAUAUAACAUUUAUUGAAUACACCAUGAGAUGUAAGCUAAUUAAUGCAUUCACAAACUAAGCACCCUUACAUUAACUUUCUCUCACUCUCACACUCUUCAUACAUACAACAAACUAGAAACAAUUAUGUAGGCUUAGCUUCUCAAAUUUUCAACAAGUAUUAUCACUGAUACAGUGAGCAUAAAUCUUCUGAAUUCUAAUAAUAAUAUACAAUAUUACUCUCAAAAUUAUCAUCCUACUAAUUCUAUUACUUACAGCUGAAAGUCAAGAACAACAAUAGAAUUUCAAGAGCCUAGCUCAAUAAUAUUGUUUUUAAAUAUACAUCUAUAUAAUAAGAGUUCAUUGCUAAACACAAAAUUACUUCGCUGAGUAUAAAAAAGUAUUAUAAUACCUUAGUUGCAUCAAUUCAAACUGGUUACAAUAACAGAGACAAAGAAAAAUGUAGUAAAAUCGUAACUUUAUACUCGCAAGAGAAUAGUCAAUACAUUUCUGAUGUAAAUGAAAUAAUAUUGACUAACAUAAAUUACACAGCACAAAUAUUCUAAUUCGAAUCACAACCAGAUAAGUCCAUUCAAAACUGAUAUACAGUAUACUGUGGAUACAACAGAAUCAAAUAAAUACAACAUUUUAAAAUAGCU